AAUCACAGCUUGUUGACAUUACAGGACAAUAGAAAACUGACGUCUGGUUGAAUACUCUGAAUAGUGAAAUUCGAUUAUGGAACCUUAAAAAUAGUAGAAGCACUUUAAAAGGAUAAUUAAGACUCUAUCUGUAUACCUUUCAUUCUCACCGAAACGUGUUGUGUAUUUCCAGUGUUCUAUUCAGGUCCUAAAUAUUUCCUUUUUGUUCAAGUAGAAGAUAUUCAAGCUCCGCUUCAAUUUUCUGUACACGAAAAAAAAAUUGAAAUUCUCAAACUAAAGUCAAUCAUGGGUAAUGGCGAUUUGUUGGAGAUAUCAGCAAGUGAGCUGGUCCACAUCCUUGGUACUCCCGCUGAGCUCUUCACCUCUGGCGGCUGUGUGGUGUUGGACUGCCGACCUUUCCUCGCCUUUUCAAGGACUCACAUUCAGGAAUCUCGCAAUGUUAACUGGAACUCAAUGCUAAGACGGAGAUCCAAAAGUGCAGCGGUGAGCCUGGAAUGGCUUGUCCCUGACAAGUCGUUGCUGGGACGGCUGCGCAACGGAGAGUUCUCGCCAGUAGUGGUGCUGGAUGAGGCCAGUAGUUCGGUGUCCGAGUUGAAGAGCGAGAGUCUGGCGAGUUUGCUUCUCAAUGCGCUUCAGUCGGAGGUUCAGCCAUGCAGCACGCAAAUCUGCUUUUUGCAAGAGGGAUUUGAAGGGUUCCUCACCAUGUACCCAGAGCUGUGCUUUCAGUCCCCGAUGGUACCUGCUAGCCACCCCACAUUCGGCGACUCUGAAAAGGCUUUCUCAGGGAGACGAACGCCUCUGUACGACCAGGGUGGCCCUGUAGAGAUCCUUCCCUUCCUCUACCUGGGCAGUGCCCACCACUCUUCACAGCGGGAGACUCUGGCAUCGCGGGGCAUCACAGCUGUGCUGAACAUGUCGUCCUCCUGUCCGAACCUCUUUGAGGCCGAGCUCACCUAUAAGACACUAAGGGUGGAAGACAACCUGGCCGCAGACAUACGUGUGCUCUUCCCCGAGGCCAUUCAGUUCAUUGACUCGGUGAAGGCGAGUGGUGGCAGAGUCCUCGUGCACUGCCAGGCGGGCAUCUCCCGCUCGGCCACCAUCUGCCUGGCCUACCUCAUCAACGCGCGCCGCGUCAGCCUGGACGAGGCCUUCGACUUCGUCAAGCGCCGGCGCCAGGUCAUCUCACCCAACCUGGCCUUCAUGGGACAGCUGGUGCAGUUCGAGACGGACGUGAACCAGACGGGGAGACCCUUCCAGCUCCUCUGCCCGGAGGACUGAAGGCUGGACGCUCUUCCUGCCUCUAACGUUCACGAGUCCAGUCGGUCGUGGGACUAAAACAGCAUUGUUUUCAUCAGGGAUGGUGGAGCUUGAACUGAGACACCUGAGAUCCCUGUAGAACAGCCAGCCAUUAAACUUGAACUCUCCAUAUGAGUCAUUUUUAAAAGGAAGACCACAGCGUUGCGCUGCGAGAGUACGGUUUGCGUAACCUGCUGGUCGAAACACUGUGAGGGCCCUCAAUACCCGCCCACACCCAAACGCUCAGGUUCCUUAAGAUGAAAAGCCGUACACAUUUUUAUCUUCCCCUUUACUCGAGAAACAGCUCUCGCUUCACACAGCCGCGGGCGACGUCAUUGGCCUCGUCUAGCGGGGUAGCAGCAUCAAACGCUCGCCCACGUUUCUCCCACACCUCAGACAGGGCAUGACAUCUUACAUCAGCCAUGACAUCUGACAUUUUCCAACAUGCUGCAGGCCCUGAGAGAAAGAUUGACAGCUUGAGGUUGCUUAUAUGGGGAUAAAGACUUUCAGUUGUACGCUAGCUGCGUCCAAUAAUAAUGGCGCUACAGCUACUGAAUUCAACUUAAUGGCUGAUCUGGAUUCAUCUAACCGCACUUUGCCACACUUGAAUCAUUGUAAACGCAGACAGAUGUCUCCUGCAAUUAACACUGUGACCAUACACAUCAUUGUAGUGUUCAGUAUGAUUAUUUAGGUUUUAAACAAACAAACAAAGCUUCAUGCUUGCAUCCUCUGCUAACCACCCUGAGGUGCAGACCCAAGCCUUAGGGACCAGGUCCAUGUAUGGGGGACCAGGCCAACUGUGACCUCACAGACUAAAGACCUAAAGACUUCACACAUAAACACCUGGCAAUAUUUUCAGUUUCUGACAGGUCAUACAGUCCAUCCAGUGAACUGAAUUUUGUUCUCAUACAGAAAGAAGUCAUCUCACUGUUCCUUGUUUGUCAUGAAUUGUAUUUUUUAUAAUUCUAUUUAUUUAUCUUUUUUAUUUGUAACUUCUCUUAAAGUGAUUUUUUAUGCCAGCACUGCACUUUAAAUGUAUAUAUUUUGGAGUAAUUUAUUUAGUUUACUCUCUGGUCCAUUUGUUUAUAAGCUAUAUAAUGUAGAUACACUGUAAAUCUCCAGGUUCUUACAAGUUCCUUUCUAUUCUGAGAAAUAAAUAAAAAUAACGAUUACAUCAA